CCUUGUCUUUGUUAGCAACAAUCAUUACGAUGAUUAAAUUAACAAAAAUAAAAUCUUUUUCUUUACUGCUAAAGCUGUAUGGAUGCCUAUAAUCAGUUUUUAGAUUUUCAUGUAGAUAGAAGUUAUGUCCGCAUGAGUCCACUUUAACUUUGCGAUCUAUCCUAACUUAUAUAGGAUUUGAAAGAUGAAAGCCUUAAGUCUGAUUAUACUUGCUGUAUUUUGUGUCUUUUUGGUAUGUGUAUGGAGCAAAAAGCAUGAUGCCUAUGUAGAAGAUAAUGACUUUGCUGAAUUUGAAGAGUUUGAAGAGGAUGAAGAUGGAGUAGUUGAAGAUAACAAUGAGCCUGAGAGGCAAGAAGUCAAGAAACAAGCUUCUGUAAACACUGAGCAGGAGGAAGGUUUUGAUGAAGAUGAAGAUGAUGAUGAAGAAGCUGUGGGAGAUGAUGAAUUUGAGCAUUUGCACGAUGAAGAGGAAUUUGAAAAUUUCGACAAAGAAAAAGAUGUAGUUGGCAAAAAUAAAAAUGAAAAACUUCCAGAUCUGCAGAUGGCUAAGGUGCCUUUACAUUUGAGAACCAGUUGGGAUAGCUUCUUUUUAGAGAUGCUGAUGAUUGCUGGCUUGACUGUCUACUUUCUCAAUUUUCUUCAUGGAAAAACAAAGAACUGUAAACUUGCCACAGCUUGGUUAGCAGCUCACAAGGAACUACUGGAGACACAGUUUAGCAUUGUUGGUGAUGAUGGUGCUUCAAAAGAAGUAGCUAGUGGGAUAUUGAUGAAAGAAUCUGAGAGUGUCUACACUUUGUGGUGUAGUGGUCGUGUCUGUGUUGAGGGCAUGCUAGUGGAACUCAAAUUACUCAAAAGACAAGACCUAAUUAACAUGUUGCUGAGAAUCUUUAAGCCAGCCUCGGAUCAAGUGAUUGUUAAAGUUGAUCUAGAUGAAGGAAAGAUGGAUACAUUUGUGUUCUGCAUUGCUCAGAAACGCUCAGCUGCAAAAUUGCAUAAAGACAUGAAUGAUUUGAGUCAAUUCACUGAGAAGAAAAGUACAGAGAAAUAUGAGAUACCUUCAUCCUACCAACUUUUGUCUGAGAUAGGGGAAGGAACUGCAGCUGUUUUGGAUAAGAAAGUGUGCCAGAUGUUAACAAAGUAUGAAGGUGUGAUUGAAUAUAUUCAUGUGUCAGAUCAGUACUCAGGUCCUAAACUUCAAGAUGAUAACCAGACUACCAAGAUGCCUGACACUAAGCCCUGCCUCAUAUUCUGCUUCACAAUUGCAGGUAAAGGCAAGACACGUACAGUGGAUAUGGAAAAUCUUCAACCUCUCAUGCAGCUAGUAUUUUACUGUGUUGACAAAGUUUCCAGACUGCAACUUAGCAAGGAGGCUAAAAUGAAAGCUGAGAAGAAUCGCCAGAAAGCUGCUGAACUAUUUUUGAAGGCUGCUCACAGUCAGAGACAAGAAUUGGCCCAGCAGAGAAAAGAGGAAAAGAAGCGAGCAGAGAAAGAGAAGCUGAUGGCAGAAGAAGAUCCUGACAGAGCCAGAAAACUUGAGGAUCGAGAAAAUCGUAGAGAGUCUAAGAAGAAGCAACCUAAAAUGAAGAUGAUGAAAAUUAAAGCCAUUUAAAGACUCUGACGUGUGUGGGCUGUUAAACAUUUUGGUUCCAAGAAAUCUAAGGCAUUAUUCCAUUGGUGUGAUUGGGAGUGUGUGACAGUCAGUCUGCAGCUUUUCUAUUGACACAUUUUUUUAUAUAUAUAUAUCAAUUUAUUUAUAAUCUGAUGGUAUAAGUAUUCAGAUAAUUUUUUUCAAAUAGAUCCAUGCAAAAAAGGUUUUAACAAUAUACAUAUUUAAAAAUUGCCAUUACGAAUGAUUAUAGUUUUUAAAAAAAUAAGCAAUAUAUAAAUGGGGAGACAGUAUUGAAAUAAGACUUGAGUGUUGAAGUAAAUGUUUUCCACAGCAUUGUUUUAGAUAGUCUUGUAUCUCUGAUGAAUUAAUAAGCAGUGAAUGAAUAACUAAAUUGUGCUUUAUGUGCAUAAAGUGAGUUCACUUUUUCUGUUUACGAAAACGUUUUUUGGGGGCUUGUUACCUUCGGUAGUUUCUAGCCCACUUAAGCUGGAGGUAAACUUUCUAAAAUACUUUGAUUAUAGUAUUGUACAGCCUUUGUUUAAACCACUCUCCUUGAAAAUAGACCAUUCUUUUGUCUCUGAAUAUGUAUUUUUAGUUCAAUUGUUUGAUUGCAUCACAUUAGUUUUAAAAAAUUUGUACUUCUAUAAUACAGAUCUAUAUAGGUGAUUUUUCUUUUUCAUUAGUACAUGUGGUAAAUGGUGUACGGUAUACAUACUACACUUAUAACGUUACAAAUAAUAUUACCAAAAAAGCUAUUUUUUUCAUUAUUUUUUUUCUUAGAACCGGUAUUAAUAAAGACUUAAAUUGUAUUAUAUGUAUCUGCUAAGCUCAAAGGAUAACAUUGUUCAUGGAAUAGAGAACAUAACUGACUCACUUUAGCUGUAGACAAGUUAUCUGUUAGUUUUAGACUAAAGUUUAUUCAAUAUUAGCAAAUAUUCAAAUGCUAUUUAAAAAAAAAAGGUUUUCAUGCCCUUUUGUAUAACUGUUCAAGAAAUGUCCUGUUCUGCGUUAUAUAUAUAUAUAUAUAUAGAUAUAGAUAUUUUUUUUUUUUUUUUUUUCCAACCAUUGUGUUGUGGAAAUAAAUGAAAAAAAAUGAAUUAGAUCAUGAAUGUACAAUUGUGUUGAUUGACUAUGAGCAUGUACAGACAUAACACCCAAAAGAUUGCCGUGUUGAAUUGUUUUGAUAUGCAAAAAAAAAAAAGGGUUCUUUGUGUCUAUGUGAUCCUCUUUCUAUGUUUAGCCUCCAUUACUUCCCAGGUGGUGGUGUGCUUGUGUUUUGACUGUCAAUGUUAAAGUUGGGGGGGGGGGGGGAACCCUGGCUAUAAUGAAUAUAUUUUGAUGUUGUUUUAUUCUUCUACCUACACUGUCAGAGAUGUUUUGCUUUGAAUGUUAGUCACUUACACUUCAUGUCAACAGCACUGAAAAUAACUAAUCAAAGAAUGAGUCGGCUGGGAUCUAUCUAUUCAAAGUUUUUGAGGUGUAAUUUUGUAGUUAGACACAGUUUCAUUGUCACAUUUUUAUGGAAAUGUUUUUACAUUGGUUAAAGUAGCAGUGUUCUGUCAAUCAAUUACAACAAAAAUGCUGUCUAUGGACAUUCACAUUGGUUGAAAUGUGAUUAUGUGGACAUUGAAUGUGAUGUCUAUGGACAUUGGUUGAAAUGUGAUUAUGUGGACAUUGAAUGUGAUGUCUAUGGACAUUGGUUGAAAUGUGAUUAUGUGGACAUUGAAUGUGAUGUCUAUGGACAUUGGUUGAAAUGUGAUUAUGUGGACAUUGAAUGUGAUGUCUAUGGACAUUGGUUGAAAUGUGAUAAUGUGGACAUUGAAUUAGAUGUCUAUCGACAUUGGUUGCAUAGUAAACUCAAAAUCUUUUUUUUUUUUUAUUUAAUCUGUAAGAUUUAAACAAAAAAAUUAAUAACCAUGCCACAUACUGGUCCCACACAAAACACAUUUGCAUCUUGAUAUAAAUAUUUGUCAAAAUCCAUAUGUAAAAACUAAUCAUCGUGGUGUCUAUUCAAGUUCUUUUGUGUGUAGUCUACAACCAGGCUAUUGCUAUGGUUGUGAUUGUUUUAGGUACAGCUUAUUAACUGCAGGUUGGGGGACUGUGUGCAGAAGCCAAUGUGGAGUUGAUUUGAUGUUACUUUAAUGCAUUAAUUUUGUUAGUCUGUGUAAUUUUGUGUUAGGUCUUUUAAUACAUCACUGGAACUGUAUAUAUGUUUUGUUCUUGACUCCCCCCACCUGAUUUUAUUUCUCAACCAAUACACCAGAAGAAUAAAUUUGUUUUCUUAGUA